AUGAGCACCACCGCCGCACCAACCAGGACCUACGAGGACGCCAUCGACCUCCUCAACACAUUCCAGACGCCCUUCGCCGUCAUCGAAGCACGGCGCAAAGCCGGCAUCCGGCCCGAUGAGUCCAGCGUCCGCGAGAUGAGGGCCUACUGGGCGCGGCUGGGCCACUCACCCGAGGACCUGGACCGCCUCAACGUGGUGCACGUGGCGGGGACCAAGGGCAAGGGCAGCGUGUGCGCCUUCGUGGCGUCGAUCCUGGGCCGGCACCAGCACCGCCAGGACGGCCAGGACGGCCAGAGGAGGAAGCUCAAGGUCGGCCUGCUGACGUCGCCGCACCUGAUCGCGGUGCGCGAGCGCAUCCGCAUCGGCGACGCGCCCAUGUCCGAGUCCGCCUUCGCGCGCUACUUCUUCGAGGUGAGCGACGCGCUGGUGAGCGCCGACGGCGCGGCGGCCGCCGUGCAGCCCGGCGACGCGGAGCCCGGGUCCCGCCCCAUCUACGCGCGCUACCUGACGCUGAUGGCGCUGCACGCGUUCCUGCGCGAGGGCGUCGACGUCGCCGUCGUCGAGACGGGCGUCGGCGGCGAGUACGACGCCACCAACAUCGUCGCGCGGCCCGUCGCCGCCGGCGUCGCCACCCUCGGCAUCGACCACGUCUUCGUCCUGGGCGACACCGUCGACAAGAUCGCGUGGCACAAGGCCGGCAUCAUCAAGGCCGGCUGCCCUGCCUUCGCGGUCGAGCAGGCCGCGUUCCCGUCUACCGAGGAUGUGCUCCGGGCCAGGGCUGCCGAGAAGGGCGUCGAGCUGCAGGUCGUGGGCGUCGACCCGCGGCUGGCGGCGACGGGGGUGCGGGUGCGGCCCGAUGUGGCGUUCCAGAAGAGGAACGCGAGUCUGGCCAUUGCGCUGGCGGAGGCGGCGCUGCUGAAGAUUGACCCAGCGGGCUUCAAGAGGGACGCAGACAGGCUGCCGGUGGAGUUCAAGGACGGCAUCGAGCAGGUUGUGUGGAGGGGGAGGUGCGAGGUGAAGGAGGAGGGCGAUAGGUUGAGGUGGCACCUUGACGGAGCGCACACGACCGACAGCCUCAAGAUGGCGGCGAGGUGGUUUGUGGGCGUCACCGACGGCCGACGGGGCCCCAGGGUGCUGAUAUUCAACCAGCAGGGCAGGACGGAGGCCAUCGAUUUCCUGGAGGGGUUGCAUUCUGGCGCAAAGAGGGACGACGGGUUGCCCUUUGACCAUGUGGUGUUCUGCACGAACGUCACGCAUGCGACGACAGGCUACAAACGAGAUUUCGUGAAUCACCAGUACGAUCCCGAGGCUAUCCAGAAGCUCACGGUGCAGCGGGCCUUUGCAGAGCGGUGGUCAUCCAUCGACCCCAAGGCAAAGAUUACGGUCAUCCCCAGCAUCGAGGAGGCCAUCAACGUGGCUCGAGGCCUCACAGAGUCACUUAAGGAAGGCGAGACGGUGCAAGCUUUCAUAACAGGCAGCCUCCAUCUAGUCGGAGGCGCCCUGGGUAUCUUGGAAGGGGCUGAUGCUCUAUGA